AUGACAAUUUCGGAUGCCAGCCGUAACAGUUCCGUGGAAUCUAGCCAAGAUGCUUGCAACGUAUGCAACGGAAGCGAUAAUUUGCGAAUGGUCCAGUGCGACAAGUGCGAUAACAGGUUAUAUUUCGAUUGCGUGGGAGUAAGUCAGGAAGUGGAAAAUCAAGACUGGCUCUGUUCAGACUGCCAUGAAAAGCAGCUAGCCAGAAACAAGGAAUCCACGAAAUCCGUUCCCUCGCCGACACCGCCCGUAAGACAUAUAAAGGAGUUGCCGAAGCCGCCGCAAUCAAAUCUUCCCCCAAGAACCAGGAAGCAAGUUUUGGAGGAAAACCUGACCCAGCAUUUCAAGGCAAGUUCACUAAGGUUCACCAAGCAGAAACAGUUAAAAGUACGGUUGCAGAUUCUGGAAGAAGAACGGAAACAACAAGAGGCGGAAGAGGCCCGUAGGCGCGAGUGUAUAAGUAAUCGUCAUCAGUUACUUAAGGAAUUGGCCGAAGAAGAAGAAGAAGAUGAGAUUGAGACAGAGCUAGAAAAUGACCGUGUUUCUCAGUGGUUAAAUGAGACCGCUGUUAACGACGACGUUGUUCCGCAGGUUUCAAAUUUAUUACAGCCAUCCGAAUCAGUUACUGCCUCACACGUUACCAGUGUAGUAGAAUCAGUCGAACGAAUGCAAGUUUCUGAUCAGUUUUCGUUUAGAAGUUGUGGAACCAAGCAAUCGGGCGUGUACCAGCGACAACCGGAUAAACACUCCAAAUUCAUUCCCAAUCAGCGGUCCACUCCGAAUCAAGACACCUUCGGUACGAAUAACGGCAACGGUAUGAAGCUUACGCAAAACCAAGUUGAGGCCCGACAAGCCGUGUCGCGAGAAUUUCCAAUAUUCAGCGGAUCACCGUAA